AACGGAAAAUGGAAUUGACUAAAUUAACAACUCAAGAUGGUAAAGUGUAUAAUAUGCCAGAUAUCGAUGUUUCUCGUGACAAUAUACUUAUUCCGAAGAGGAAAAAUUUGACUUCUUUUAUGCAUAGGGUUCAAUCAUUCACAACUUUACCAAUGUCCAGUAAUAACAGUGAAGAAACAGAAUUAUCUAAGGAAGUUGAAUCAUUAAAGACUUUACGAAACAAUCUUUACGACGAUAUAACAAAAAUUACUGGUAAAUAUUUACGACAACAGCAACAAAACCAAGGCGGCGCUACCAUAUUGACCAAAUUAUUUUAUUUGGGAAAUAUUGCAUUUGGAGUUUAUUGUGUUUAUCGUAUCAUUAAUGUACUCGCUAUAAAAUUGCCAUUAUUAUACCUUUAUGGUGGAUAUAGUGAAGAUGAUUUGGAAGAUGAAACAAGAAGUAAAGAUGCUAUUGCAAUUACAAUAGCAGGAUUAAUUUUAACGAUAUUUAAGAAUUUACCAAUAUCAAAAGCACAACUAGUCAACCAGUUAAGUUUUGUGAUCUCGGGAGGGUUAUUCAUAUGUUCAUUUAAUAAUGUCUUAAUUACAUUCAAAUCGUUUUCUCGAUUUUUUGUUGGUUCUUCGUCCAACACAACCAAGAAUUGGUUGAAACAUUUAAUAAUUGGAGAAUUAAUUGGAAUUUAUGUUAUUGCUACGGCAUUGUUAAUUAGAACCAACUUACCUACAAAUUUGUCAAAUCAAAUUUCAAAAAUCUUAUCACUUUCAGGAAGUUCAAAUAAGCGAAAUGCUAACGCCGAAGUUUUAUUUAUUGAUAACUGGUUUGAUAAAAUUUUUGCAAUUUCUUGUGUUGUUACUAUGAUUGUUUUGAUUAUUAAAAAAGUUAGUGAGGAGGAUGAGCUGGAUCCAUAUAGGACAGAAGAGUAUGAUGAAGAGCUGUUCAUGGAAGAUACUGAGUAUAAAUUGGCAUAGUAUAGAUUUUAUAGAGAUAGUAACAUGUAAUUAAACUAGAGAAAAGAAUGCGCAAAAAGAGUAUUUUCAGCGCAAUAUGCUAUUUCCCAAAGACAUCUUUGCCGCUAAGAGGGGAAAAUGCUAGCAAAGUAGUUCACAUGCAAACUGGCUAGUGUAAAAAGACCUUAAUGUCUGUACGUUGCUAUGUUCGGUAAAGAAUAUUCAAAAAGUUAUUUUGCUAAUAACUUCCUAUUAAAUAUCGAUAACUUUUACUAGAUUUGAACUAGUUUGAAAAAGCGGGUUAUAUAGACGAGCUCUCUGCUAAAAAUAUUUAGACUGAGAACAUACGAUAC